AUGGCGAAAUCGCAAAAAGAGGACACUAAUUCCGAUGGCAACGGUCAUUUAUUCGAUGUAUUAGGUAAGCAGUAGGUACAACGCACAUCAUAAUCCAAAAAGUGAAAUACAGGAGAAGGUGCAUCUCAUCCGACAGUGGCACCCUUAUAACCACGGUUUUCUCCUAAACACAUUAGAAACACUUUUUGGUCUAUCCACUCUCUGGUCCGCAGAGGUUUCCGAUGAGUAUCUCAUUAAAAUUAGCAAUAAUCGAAAACAGAAAGCGUGCUGCGGACGAUGGGAAGAGGAAAAAGGCUUAACAAAAAUUUGGGUCAAUUAAAAUGAGCUCCAUCAAGGAAUCGGCAUGUUAACAGGGCAAGACCUAUUACAGGCACCAGUGUCUGUCGAUCGCGGUGAUUGGCGCACAAAGAUGGUAGAUGAUUUACGUAUAGGAACUGAAUUUGUCGCUGAACGCCGUCUUCGGUUUUUUGGAGGUAGAUACAUUGCAGGGUUUCCCUGUUUCCCUAGUGUACUCUGAUUACCUGGUUUUGUUGGUUAGAAAUUGUAAUUUUAGAGGGUACCAAAUCUUAAAUAACAUCUGGUUAACCGUUUUUCAUAAUCCUAUUUGGUGUGUAGACCCCAUCGUGGAAAUGCAAGAAGUUGCUCGACAAAAGAAAGGGGUUUACCCGGUUGUGAAAACGGCCGAAGUAUUUUUUGCGAACCCGCAAAUCAGAGAAAGAUUUGACAGAGUGCUAGCUACUAUAAGUGCACAUCAUUUUGUUAAUUCCAAUGCGGUUUAUAAGGGAAUACUUCGUAGUCUUCGCCCAGGGGGUUUUUAUGUGCAGAUAAACACCGUCAAGAGCAGUCUUCCGUCAUUCAAGGGUGUAAAAAAACUUUUGAGCCAAUGUUUUGAGGGAGAGAAGGAAAACUCAUCUCCGUUGCUAAGGGAAAUCGGUUUGAAUGCAAAUAUUUCCCAUCAAGAGUUCUCCUUUUCUGCGGCUGUGACAAAAUCCAAGUUGUACGAAGAAUAUCGAUGCCGCUUUUUAAGUUUAUUACAGCAUUUAAGCGAUGAUGAAAUUGAAGAGGGAAUAAGUGAGUUGGAGAAUGAAUAUUAUCAUAAUGUUAAAAAUGAUGAACUCAUCAACUAUGAGGAUACUGUGCAUGUGACGAAAGCAAAGAAAGCUUAA